AUGCUGACCACCUACGAAACCAACAUGCUGACCAGCAGUUCUGCUAGCACAUCAUCAACCCCUGUUAAGAUAACAACCACACAAGAGGCCAGCACAUCCACCAACACUGAUUCAGGUAUCCCAGCCCUCGCCAACCUCGACCUCCUCACAAUUCAUAACGCUUACCAGAACCACCUCUGCACAGCCGUAGAAUUAACCUCCGCCUAUCUAGCACAAAUUCAAGAAUUAAACCCCGAGUUUCACGCCCUGGCGGAAAUCAAUCCAGACGCCACAUCAACCGCCCAUCUCCUUGACACGGAAAGACUGACAAAAGGUCCUCGAGGCCUCCUGCACGGCAUACCCAUACUCCUCAAAGACAACAUACCCACCCUCGACGCCACGUCUACAACAUGUGGCAGUGUCGCCCUAAUAGGUGCCAGACCACCCAGAGAAGCUGAAGUUGUAACGGCGGUACGUAAAGCAGGGGCUGUGGUGCUCGGAAAGGGGAAUAUGGCAGAGUGGGCUGGAUUUCGGUCUACGAGUGGAUGUUCGGGAUGGAGCGCAAGAGGUGGGCAGACUAAAGGUAUCUACUACCCAGGUAUGAAGGCUAGUGGGAGUUCGGGAGGUUGUGCCGUGGCGGUUGCGACAGGGAUGUGUUUCGCAGCAUUGGGGACGGAGACAUGCUAUUCCAUCGUUUCCCCAGCUGAGAAGUCCGGUAUCAUUGGCUUCAAACCUACGCGUGGUCUUCUAUCUUCCGAGGGCCUCAUUCACGCAUCCAAAAGACUGGAUACCAUUGGUAUACUCACACGUACCGUUUCAGAUGCAUCUUUAUUCCUUGUCGGCCUCGUUCAGCAAGGCGGUCAUCUCUCGUCACCAAUGAAGCAGAAGCUUGUACAUGACCUUGGCAGUACAUGCUCAAGCACCUACCUAUACGGCGUCCGUAUCGGCAUUCCCAGCGGUCUCAGCGACUUGCAAAACCUCCCUUCAUGCAAAAAGGAAGCGUUUGAGAGGACCAUCACCCGGUUAGAAAGCGCAGGAGCCACCAUUAUCCGCGACUUUCCAAUUCCCGGCGCUCGGAGUUGGGAAGUUCUUCCACACGAAGCCAGAGAUGUCAUCUUGGCCACAGACAUGAAGGUGGUGAUAAACACUUACCUCUCAUCUCUCGUCACCAAUCCCAACAACAUCAAAAACCUCCAAGAUCUUAUUGCUUUCACAAAAGCGCAUCCAGCGGAGCAAUAUCCGCAACGAAAUGUCCAAGGACUUGAGAGAGCGGAAGCCUCAGAUCCGGAUGGACUACUCUACAAUACUAUGCUAGCAAAGGAUAGAUAUUACACAGGAGAAGGGGGCAUCGAAGCGGCAUUGUGUAGAAAAUGUUGCGACGUUAUGAUUUUACCGACCUUGAGUGUCACCAUGCAGACCUUCGCUGCGAAAGCAGCGAGUCCGGUGAUGAGCGUACCUAUGGGUGCGUUCCCGGAAGAUACGCCGGUGGAGAAGGACUCUAAGAACGGCUUGGUUAAUGUGGCACCUGGUAUACCAUUCUCGGCAUACAUCUUUGGAAGGGCGGCCAAGGAUGAAGAUGUACUCAAAGUUGGGCAUGUGCUGGAGCAGGUGACGAAGGUUAGGAAGACAUUGGUGCCGUAUGUAGAUGCGACAGCACAGCAGACACGAUGA